CACCCCCACUCAUCUUUGUUGUCCUGAAGCGAGCAACAAUGGCGGAUUCCAUUCAACCCUUUGCUUUCUUGCUUCUCCUCACAUGGGGGUUCGUCUUCUCUUCUCCCAUCUCCGCCUCAGAGUACCGGAGCCUAGUUGUCCGCCCUCUCGACGCCGCCCAGCAGGCCAUCUCCUUCACUCCCCUGCAGCUUGAUGCGGAAUCCGGCGAGAACACCCUUGCUCUGGAGCUCCACCAUAUCGAUCAUAUAUCUUAUGCCGCCCUAAAUUCAACCCCCACGGCCCUCUUCGAGAAGCGCCUGCAGCGCGAUGCGGCCAGGGUCAAGGCUCUGUCGACGGUUGCCGCGGAUAACGCCACCGCCGCCGGCCAAUCCCGCAGUCGCGGAGCUGAUUUCAGUAGCUCCGUCAUCUCCGGGCUGGCUCAGGGGAGCGGCGAGUACUUCACGCGCCUCGGCGUCGGAACACCGCCUAGGUACGCGUAUAUGGUGCUGGACACUGGAAGCGACGUCGUUUGGUUGCAGUGCGCUCCUUGUAAGAAAUGCUACACCCAAGCUGACCCGGUUUUUGACCCGGCUAAAUCCACGUCUUUCGCUCAAAUCCGGUGUGAAUCCCCUCUGUGCCGGCAACUCGACUCCCCUGGCUGCGACGCCACAAAGCUGUGCCGUUACCAGGUGUCGUACGGCGACGGAUCUUUCACCGACGGCGAGUUUGCCACCGAGACACUGACUUUCCGCCAGACGAGCGUCCAGAAAGUCGCAAUCGGCUGCGGCCACGACAACCAAGGCUUGUUCGUCGGAGCAGCCGGGCUUUUGGGUCUCGGGAGGGGGAGUUUGUCGUUCCCGAGCCAGGCCGGUCAACGGUUCGGCUCAAAGUUCUCGUACUGCCUCGUUGACCGCUCCGCGACUUCGAAACCUUCUUCGAUCGUCUUCGGAGAAACGGCGGUGUCGAGAAGAGCGGUUUACACCCCGCUUCUCCAGAACAAGGGAAUGGACACCUUCUACUACGUGGAGUUGCUCGGAAUCAGCGUCGGAGGGUCGCCGGUGCCGGGCAUCAAACCGUCAAUGUUCAAGGUCGACCCGACUGGAAACGGAGUUAUAGUCGAUUCCGGCACCUCCGUGACCCGGUUGACCAACCCCGCUUACAUGGCAAUGCGGAAUGCUUUCAGGAAUGGGACAACGGGACUGAGAUUGUCGAAGGGGUUCUCGCUGUUUGACACCUGCUACGAUCUCUCCGGGAAGGACGAAGUGAAGGUGCCGACGGUGGUUCUGAAUUUCAAAGGAGCCAACGUGUCACUGCCGGCGUCGAACUAUUUGAUUCCGGUGGAUUCGGCCGGGAAGUUCUGCUUUGCGUUCGCCGGUACCAAUGGCGGGUUAUCCAUAAUUGGGAAUAUCCAGCAGCAGGGUUUCCGGGUUGUUUUCGACUUGGCGGAAUCCAAAGUCGGGUUUGCUACGGGUGGAUGCGAAUAAUUAAAAUUAUGAUUAUUAUGACUUUGGUUGGAGAUAACUUUAUUUGUUUAAUAUCCUUUUACAAUAAUAUUUGGAGCAUUAUUGUUAUUAGUUUGGAGUAUUAUUUAAAAGAAAGAUCCCAUGUAUGAUUGGAAGUGGAGUGAACUAUGACUGGAAGGGAAGCACCGGCCAAAGAAAUGGGAACCUAAUUUUAGUUUUAUUUCUCGUUUUCUUAUUUAUUUUGGUUUUGUUUGUAUGGUCGCAUGGGAUUAACCAUUUAUAUUAAGGAUAUUGUUAGUAUUUACUGUCCUUCGAAUAGUAGUUAAUUUGUUUACUACCAUCUUAUACACAUCUUAUACGCAUCGUGUUUGUGAAGUUUUUUUUGUCUGUGAAUCGAUAUUUUGUUUGUGCAAAA